AUGGCCUCCAUAUCGUUUAGCAACACAAAUUUAGGUUCCCAGGUAGGGAUCAAUCAAGGGUCGAUAACCAAUCAAUAUCUUCCACCAGAGCGGUCGGCACCACGCCCAGAGCCUCUAUCGACCGUGCCGUUCCCGCACGACCCGGAUUUUGUCUAUCGUGGUGCACUCGACCAAAUUCACGAGAAAUUGUCGGCCCCGGGGUCCAGAAUAGCUCUCGUUGGUCUCGGCGGCGUCGGGAAAACGCGACUUGCCAUCGAAUACUGCCACCAAGUUCGACGGCAAUCGAUCGACACCUGGGUCUUCUGGGUUCAUGCGAGUAAUGCGGCCCGCUGCGAGAAAAGUCUGCGCGACCUUGCAGACCGGGCUAAAAUUCCCGGGCGUCAGGACCGCAACGCUAAUAUAUUCCAACUCUUUGGGAACUGGCUACAAGAUAAAAUGAUGGGAAAAUGGAUUCUUGUCCUGGAUAAUGUAGAUGAUGACGAGCUCCUUCGCAAACCUUCGGCGACUAGCACGGAGACUCAAGCAAACGCCCAAAGUCAUGCCUCGACACAGUCACCGCUAAGGUACCUUCUCGAAAGAUCAAAUGGCUCUAUUAUAAUCACAAGCCGGAACAAAGGAGUUGCGUUAGACAUCACCGGCCAUAAGAAGGAUCUUAUUGAUAUACAACCAAUGGACGUGGCUGAAGCGCAAGUUCUUUUACAGAACAAGCUGGAUAUACAUAUAGCGAGUGUAGACAUGGUACAGCUAGUGAAGGAACUUGAGCUUAUGCCACUCGCGAUUAUACAAGCUGCUAGCUACAUUGUCCAUCGUUCACCCCGUUGCUCGGUGUCCCAAUACCUAGAAAAGCUUCGGAGGAGUGAUCGUCACGCUGCUAAGCUUCUUCAUCGUGAGGCAGGUCCCAUUCACCGAGACUGGGAGGCAAAGAACUCAAUUCUACUUACAUGGCAAAUAUCUUUCGACCAUAUCCAGCGAAUAAGGCAGUCUGCGGCAGACUUACUCUCUCUGAUGAGCUUUUUCGACAGGCAGGGAAUCCCAGAGAAACUUCUACGGGUUCAAGAUAGGGAAAGAAAACAUGAUAGUUUGAGUUCUCCGGAUGAAAUUACGAAGGGCUCUAGUGAAGAGGAUAUAGAUAGUUCGUCUGAAUCCUACCUAGAUGACGAUUUUGAGGACGAUAUUGCAACUCUCAGAGACUAUUCAUUCAUUUAUACCGGUGAAGAUAGCACAGUAUACACAAUGCAUCGGCUGGUGCAACUAACUGCACGGGUCUGGCUUUCGAACCAAGGGCAAAUGGAGCAAUGGAAGGAGCGAUUUAUCACCAAUCUAUGCCAAGAAUUUCCGACCGGUGAAUAUGAAAAUUGGACCAGGUGCAGACAGCUCUUUCCACAUGUGAAAUCGGCGAUCUCACUGCGGCCAGAAUCCCAGGACGCCCUACAACAAUGGGCUACGCUACUAUAUAGAGGUGCAUGGUACGCGUGGCAAAUGGGUAAUGUCACAGACGCUAAGGAACUGGCAUCAAAAUCAAGGAAACAGAGAGUGGCAAUGUUUGGUGCGGAUGGUGAAGAAGCCCUUGAUAGCACUGCUAUGUUAGCAGCAGCCUAUAUGCUUGAAGGCCGGUGGGAGGAGGCUGAGCAACUCCAGGUGCGGGUGAUGGAUGAACGGAAGACCAAGCUCGGCGACGGCCAUCCCGACACUCUGAUGAGCAUGCACAACCUGGCGGCCACCUACUGGAGGCAGGGCCGGUGGGAGGAGGCCGAGCAGCUCCAGGUGCAGGUGAUGGAGGCACGCAAGGCCAAGCUCGGCAACGACCACCCCGAUACGCUAACGAGCAUGGUCAAUCUAGCGGCGACUUACUGGAAGCAGCGGCGGUGGGAGGAGGCCGAGCACGGUCGGUGGGAGGAGGCCGAGCGGCUCCAGGUGCAAGUGAUUAAGGCACGCAAGGCCAAGCUCGGCGACAACCAUCCCGACACGCUAACGAGCAUAGCCUUCUUGGCAUCGGCCUACUGUGAUCUGUGCCGGUGGGAGGAGGCCGAGCAGCUCCAGGUGCAGGUGAUAGAGGCACGCAAGGCCACACUUGGCAACGACCAUCCCGAUACGCUGAUGAGCAUGCACAACCUGGCGGCGACAUAUAUAUGCCAGGGCCAGUGGAAGGAGGCCGAGCAGCUCCAGGUGCAGGUGAUAGAGGCACGCAAGACCAAGCUCGGCGACAACCAUCCCGAUACGCUGAUGAGCAUGCAAAACCUGGCGGCCACCUACUGGAGGCAGGGCCGAUGGAAGGAGGCCGAGCACGGCCGGUGGGAGGAGGCCGACCAGCUCCAGGUGCAGGUGAUAGAGGCACGCAAGGCCACGCUCGGCAACGACCAUCCCGAUACGCUGAUGAGCAUGCACAACCUGGCUGCGACAUAUAUAUGCCAGGGCCGGUGGAAGGAGGCCGAGCAGCUUUUAGUGCAAGUGAUAGACUCUAGCAAGAUGAAACUUGGCGAGAAUCAUCCCUCCACGCUAGCAAGCGAGGUCAACCUGGCGUUGACAUAUAAGAAAUGUGAGAGGGUGCAAGAGGCCGAGAAGCUUUUAGAAAGGGUGGUAGAGACUCGCAAGACCAAUGUUGGCGACGAUCAUCCUGACACGCUAUCUGGUAUGGCCAAUUUGGCGUUGGUAUAUGAGAGCCAGGGCCUAUGGCCAGGCUCGCUCUCUUCCGAAAAUCGUCAGGGCAGAAUGAACGACGCUCUUGAUUUACUACAACCUUGCUUGGCCAAGCAGAGCAAAAAGCUCAGUCCUAACCACCCUCACACGUUGGCGACUUCUGAAAUUCUGCUGGAAUGGGCAAGUGAGAGGCUGAACAUUAAUAAAUAG